UUUUUUUCUUCGCCAUGGAAUCAAAAUACAUUACAGUCUACAGCCAGCCGAACAAUGGAUAAUUCGAAUUCGGUUUUGUAAUAUUUUUUUUAAUCCUUUUCUGCACCAGCAGUUCGCGUUCGUUUCCAUUCGAACUUCACGCAUAUUAUGGUACGUACGUACCUUCGAUGAAACAAUACCCGAAAAAUCAAUGACCAAACCGAGGACGGAAUUUCAAAUUGAAAUGUUUCAGAGUUCGACGAAUGAAUAUCUCUAUGGGUAUGCAUUUCGCGACCGCUUGUGGAGAUCAAUUAUUUGACCAGAAAACGAAUCCCUGCGAUCCGCAUCCCGUUCUAUUCGUACAUAUCUACAUAUGUAUGUGCAUAUAAGCAUGCGAUCACUGACCAAGGUGAAAUAGUGUGAGCUAUCUAUAUCCGGGUAAAAACAUUCGAUCGAACUCCGAAAGUUGUUAUCUUGCGGUUACGUAGUAGAAGGCAAAGUUCGAAGGGGACCUAUAGAGAAACUUCUUGUUACAUCCACAGGUAGUGAAGCUUAGCUGGUUUUUUUUUUUUUCUUAUCAAUUACAAGAUGCGGUGUUCGAUGAGAUUCGCUUGAAUCAAACCGAUAUAGUUUCUUCGUUGUUCGAAAAACAAUUUAAACGAUUUUUUUGUCAGCGUGCUUUCGCUAACUCCACCAAUUAUCGAACAACGCGUGGGGAUCGAGGCGAACUUUGGCUAGUCAUUGAACUCAGAACAAAAAACGCAGAACUCGCAGGGCACUGAACAACGGGUCAAUGAAAGAACUCGAAAAUUGAGGGUUUAUUAUGCAAAUUUUUUAGGUUUAACGUCCCCAUGAAAAAUAAAUAUCUACAUUACAAUUGAUAUUGCUAUAUAAAUAUGUAUGUAUAUUCGUUCUAUCAUAGUAAUCCGAUAUUUUCAAUACGUAUGUAAUUGGCAUGUUUACACGCGUAUAGGAAUUAUGCCCACGUAUUGGAAACACCUAACUGAAUUUAUUGUUUUACGUUGAACGUGUCUAAUUACAUAUGGUAUCCGGUGUUCUAAUUAUACACGGUACGGUAUGUAUACGUAUAAAUAAAUUUCGCGACAUAAAAUAUUCCGUAAAUUGUAAACCUCCUCGCGAUCAUCGGAUAGGGUGCGACUUUUGUUAUAAUAUCUUAUAUGAUUUCAUUGUGUACUUAUGUCUACUUCUUGAAUCUAGUAUAUAGGAAUAUAUGUAUGAUGUGAGUAUAUAAAUUAUUCAACAAUACCUUUGAGAUGCUUCUUGCAACUAAUAUCUGGACGGCAGUAAGCUUUCAAGACACUUUUGAGUUAUCGAAUACAUUUUUGGGUUGACGGUUAGCAUAAAUACGAGUAUAAAGGAUCCAACGCAUCAUGUUGCCACGCGUAACUCGUCAGAAAUAAUCAUCUAAAAUUACUGAGAAACCUAGAAUCAGGGGGUUGGGGGUAGUUAAGAUGGUUACUAGAAUGCGUAAUUUGAAGUAAAAAAAUCGGAAUCCCAUACGGUCGAGCAUUCGGAUGCUAGAGCACCGCAUACGGCAAAUCAUAUACAUAUACUCUCUGUAAAUAUCAUAUCCCUCGGCAUUAUAAAUAGGUAUAUCUAUAUAACAAACUGUGUAGCAGCUGGUGAAUUUUAAAUUCUAGUAAAAGCUCAUGAAUGCACAGUGACACAAUGAGCUUUUUCGUCGGGUUGCAGCUUUGGUAUAUUUCGCUUGAAUGUUUUUGUGUAGUAUAUCCCUCCCAUUCUACAUAUUCUGAAUCGCACGCCGCUCGUACGUACUACAUUAUAGGUAUAUAAUUUAUAUGUACAAAAUACAUACACUACAUGCAUAUAUAUAUAGAUAUUCGUAUAAAGGUAUAUCGUAUGUGGAGUAGUCUCGCUAAACGGAGAAAAAAUUCUGCUUAUGGGUUACCGAUUUUGGUUUCAUACGAGGUUUCCGUUAUGAAAAACUCAGUACGAAACGCCUAACAGAUCAUUAAACACACGUUAAUUCUAGAAAAGCAAAAUGGUUGGGCUGGUCCUCAAAAAAUAUGGAAUUUUAAAAAAUUUUCAUACAAUUUUCGAUUCCGCGUAUAUUAUGGCCGCCGAACUUCCUCUACAUUCUGUUUUCGAAAACUACAUCUAUGUACUAAAAUAAAAUAAGUAAACUAUGGGACACGAGCACCUAUGAAAAUAUCUAGGUUUAGACGAAGCUAUCCAUUUUGCAGCAGCGUAUUACACGAUGUGGAUGAUGUACUUUUAUGUAUAGGACGGUAUAAUAAUGCAAAUUGUACAUACAUGCGUACGUAUACACGCUGAUGCGGACCCUUUGUCUGAGCGAAGUAUAUAAUAGAAAAAUAAAAAUAGAAUAAUAGAAAGUAAAAAGAAACGGCUUUUCAGAGGACGGCCGGAUUGUCAAGGAGAAGAGGAAAAGAUAUAUAUACGGCCAAGACCGCGCGCUUGAUGGUGCGAGAAUCUAUUUCCCUCCGUAUUUCAAUUGAGCAUACCGACACUCAACAGCGUAUAGGAAAGUCAGGUCAGGGGUAAAGGCGGAUACCAGUUCACCUCGAAAGCUCGCGUGUUAACGCGCCGCAGUUUCACCCUCCCAACUAUUUCACGCCUGGCAUUUUUAGGAUCAAUCGAGAUUGGACAGUUUUCUCGCAGAUACGGUUCACACGAGGUGACAUAUACCUAAUAGUAGACACGUUUCGACAUCGAAUAACAACAUGUCGAACACCUCCAUCUUUCGUAGACAAAAUUUUGCUGGUAUAUCUUCAAAGUUGAUUCUAUCUUGCGAAAGGUUUUUAAUUUUUCAUCUACGAUCUCUGGCGCUAUCUUUUUCAUCGCUCUCCGACCCUUGCGGUUUUUUUUUUCAUUCGCCCCAAUUUCGGAUAUAUAUACACCGAUACCCUCGACUAAAUUAGGGGGCAAUUGUUCUCUAGCAAAAAUCAAAAGGCGUUCAUCUAAAAAUACUUUACCCUAUUGACUUACAUUACACUCGAAAGAAAGGGGUGCAGGUUUCAUAGCGUCGCGUCGUGCAACAAGGAUAAGCUACGCUAGCCAGAUAUCACCGGCAUUAUAACCGUGGACGAGGGUUUACCCCGUGUGCACGCGUGCGUACCUUCAAUGCGUGCUUCGUAUCUUCGUUUUGUCUGCGUGUGCGGGCGUACGGGGGUUGUUCUGAGCGAAAGAGAGCGAAGUGGGCGGCUGUAGAGGAGGAUGAGAAGAAGCUCGAGGACGAUAGGAGAAGAAAGAGAGAUAGAUGGAGAGUGUAGCAGGUGGGGGUGGGAGUUGGAGGCUGAGGCAAAGGGGGUGAUUUGAGGGCGACGCGAUAGGGAUGCUGGGCAAGGCACGUUCAGUCGCGCGACGGCUCUCGCCCUGGCCAGUCGAUCGGGCGCCGUAAAUUUUCUUUAAAACAGUUACCGCAGCAGCUUUCAAGCAAUUCAAAGGAUCGCACCGCAAGUUGCAAGCAUUCCCAGGCUUCGCCAAAAAAAAAUAAUAAUAAUAAUAAUAAUAAAUACACACGAAGCAACAGAAAUAUCAAGCGCAUUUCUUGCGGAUUAGAGUAAUUUGCGUAUCGCUGUGACACCCGUCCGGUUGAAUUUUUGAUCAAAUUCAUCGCACGUUUUUUUUUACUUCUUAUUCAAGCUGCUUGUAAAUUUUCUCCAUGCGAUUCGUCCAUUCGCAGCUGUGGCAUUAAACGGAGUUGUGAAGUGUCACGUCUCCAUCGCACGAUGCAUUUCUUUUCCAUUUUCGGAGUACCGUGGUCGCGCUGUGGGAAGCUGACACCAAGUUUUCUUUUAUCAAUUUUAAAUCCACAUGUUCACGUGUCGGAAUAAAACUUGAAAGCUUUCAAGGUCGCCGGACGUGUCCUUCCGAAGGCUAAUAAGACCGGCUGAAAAGUGAAAAAUUGAACAGGACUGCUCGCGCUAUCGUACCGGGAGGACAUGAAUUUCCUCAACGUGGAUGAAAAAUUUAAUGAAAGCGAAUAUGCGGUGAGGACGUAGUAAUAUCUGGCGGUUUUUACGAUGAUCUGAACAUAAGUAAGAGGCGAAGUCAUGCUGGUCGACGACUACGGAGGAGCGAUAGCGGGCGGUUGGUCGACACCCGGGAGUUGCAGGAAUCCAGGUGGGAUGAGUUUCGGCGGUAGCGUGCCCUCGCUGCAUCCCGCAGGAUCCUUACGCUCGCUGCGAUCCCAUCACUCCGUUCAGGGCCCCCUUGAGACACCGCGACGAUGUUUACACUGCCAUCCCGUGCACACCCCCGUACACUCCAGUUAUCUACAGCAACAGCAGCAGCAACAACAACAGCAACAGAUGCAACAACACCACCAGCAACAGCAACAGCAACAACAACAACAACAGCAACAGCAACAGCAACAGCAACAGCAGCAGCAUCAUCAGCACACGCAGUAUUACACGCCGAGUCACGAGGAAGGUCAAAACGGCACGUAUAUACCGCAACGAAAUGGUUCCUAUCACAGAAGCGAGCGAUACGCCGACUACAGAGAUCCACGACUCCGUUCGGCCGACGUCGAGGAAAGUAUGGCGGGAAACGCGAAUUGGGGUCUUGAUGAUCUGAGGAGUUUGCACCGUUGCGUCCCUGCGCUUCGACGACCAGGAAUCGACGUGGCGGGAAUGAGGGCUCAUUUCUACCCCGAAGGAGGUUGGGGGUGGCUCGUCUGUGCUGCCGGCUUUCUGGCCCUACUGCUCACCACCGGAAUGCAACUCGCUUUCGGUCUACUUCACCUUUACGCUGCACGUCAUCUCGGCGAACUUCACCUCAUGGAUAUAGCCUGGGUCGGAGCUUUGAGCGCCGCAGUGUCUAGGGGAUCGGCGCCCCUGGUCGUCGGUGUCUGUCGACGCGGUAGCACCAGACUCACGGCUGUGAUAGGAGGCUUCGUUUUGGCCCUCGCCUCGCUCUUCACAUCUUUCGCUUUUCAGAUGCACCAGGUAUUGCUGAGUUACGGCGUCGUUCUGGGCGCCGGUGCCGGACUCGUCAAGGAGACCGCGGGCCUGGUGCUCGGCCACUACUUCCGGAAACGAAGAGAAUUCGUCGAAAUGGUGGUCCAAGCUGGAACGGGGGUCGGAAUCGCCCUCUUCAGCGUAUUCUACAAAGAGGCUGUCGGAAAAUUAGGAUGGAGGUUGGGUCUUCAGUCCGUGACGGGGGCCCUAUCGUUGGCCUUUUUUCUGGGUCUGAUCUACAGGAGUGCGUCGCUUUAUCACCCUCAACGGCGGGCUAUACUCCAUUUGAAAAAUCAACAGAGCAAGGUCAAAGAGCGGAAACCAGCCCUGAGGACACCCAGACCACCCUGGGUGGACUUAAGUCCCUUGGGGAGCCGCCCUGUCCGGAUGCUGAUGCUUGCCGCGGGAGCUGCUGGUUUCGGUCUCUACACACCUGCAUUUUACAUAGCUCUCCAAGGAUACCAGGACGGUUUGGAGGCCAGCGCUCUGGUCCUGCUGCAGACGUGCCUGGGGCUCGCCGCCGCGUUGGGUUGCGCCGGAUGGGGGGUGGUCACGGCCAGACCUUCGGCCCAGUGUCUGGUGUCCCGACAAUAUUUAUGCCAAGCAGCUUUGAUCGGUGUCGCUGUCGCACAGGUCGCACUGGGCAGCGUCAGAGGUUACCACGGAUUGGUCCUCGCGUCCGGUCUCUACGGAGCCUCACUCGGAGGGGUUUUGUAUUCCCUGAAAAUGCUCGCCCUCGAACGUCUCAGGGCUAGACAUUUUUCCAGAGCAUGGGCCCUCGUGCAAGCGGCCGAAGCCUUGCCCAUUCUUCUAGGAGUUCCUCUGACAGGUUACAUGAACGAGAGCAGCCCGCGGGUCGGUUACUACGCGUGUACCUUGAGUUCCCUGUCGGGGGCGGCAUUACUGUUUCUGGUGGGUUGGGGACGGCAACCCUCUUCCUCGGCUAUCGGAGCCCCGCCUCCGCCCUGCGCCUGUCCACCACCUCCGAGACCCCGUCUACCGAAAUCGCAAAGUUUACACGUACCCUUGGACGUUGAUCUGGACCACGAAGUCGGCCCCCAGGUAAUGGAGCCGCCUGGAUACUUUCAUCCACAAUUUCACGGGGCUCUUAGACCGAGCAAAAGCUUUCCCGAGGGACUCAGUCAUCAAGAAGUCUACCGGACACGUCCCAGGGCUCAUCGCGACGUCACCGUCAUCGAACAAAUUACUACGAGCGUCUGAAACCCGCUCCCCAAGCCUUAGUUAAUUAGUCUCUAUUAACACUGAGACCUUUCCCUAGUGCACGGGUUCGCGGCUGUUGGCAGGGAAAUGAGCUGAGGCGCGGGAAGAAGACAAUGCUUCCCGGUGUGUGUGUGUAAAGUAAUUUACGUGCUCGCGGCCUUCCGGCGUUUGGUUUUACCAAUUACGAUCAAAGUUGGGAAUUUGAGAAUUUUCAAUUGUACCAACACCAUGAGGAGAGUGGUACACGUACCUGUGUGUACUCGCGGUUUAUUCAUUUAUUUUCAUUCGAUUAUUUAUUUAUUUCAUAAAUAUUUAAAAAACUUAGUCAUCGCUGAUCAUUUUUUCGAUGAACCUUAACUUGUACGAUUAUUACUCGCGCGGUAUGCUAUUUGAUUAAAAAGAUUUCCAUUUUAUCAUAUGCUACUAAAUUUUCCAACCGCACCGUAAACCUCUACUCUCCUCAUCGAUAAUCUGCAGCGACGAUAAGAAUAUUCAGUGCAAUAUCGAUUAUCAAAUUUAAUCCUAGACCAAUGAAGUAUAGCUCUCGCUUCCUCUUAUUUAUUUUUUUAUCGAUUUCAUUAAUUUACUAUUCGUUUCUAGGAUCAAUGAAAAUAGCUCAGGCAAUCAAGUGCUUCGCUACUAAUACCUAUAUCUGUAAGUGAGGACGUAUUAUUCGAAGUGAGAGAAUUGAUUUUGCAAAAUUUUCCAGCCACUGACCAAGUAAAUCUCGAUCUUUAUACUCAUCGGAAUCUAAAGGGGUGACAAACUUGUUUUCUCGACUCUGUAAUAACGAUGUAUUCAAGAAGAAAAACUAUUUGAAUAAUCAUAGGCUAGCCGUUUUUGUUGAUGUAUUAUGUCUCGACGAAUGAAGCGAGCGCAAAUUUAGAAAUGAAAUGAAAUUAAAUAAGAUAUAUACCAAGUUAGGGAAAUUGAUAGGUAUUGAAAUUUUUAGCCGCCAGAACGGGCGCUCUAGCACUAUACUAUAAUAUAGUACAGGGUCUCGUCUGUUUUCGGUAAUCACAUAUAAAAACUUGAAUUAAUUCUUUAUGUACGUAGGAGAAAAUGGGAACAAUUUACGCGGCCUGCCCCUAUACAUAUAGAUGCAGGGAGAUUUUUUGUAUCGUUUCUAUUUGUACUUUAAAUGUUUUGCAAAAGGGAUUUUAAAUUUAUAACAAAACUUGUAAUAAAGGCACGCUUUAAUUGUAGUCGUCGUAUCAUACGGACAACGUGAGUAGUGACCCGUUUGAAAAGAUACAGAUUUUUUCUAUUUUUUCCCCGUCAUAAAAUUGAAAAAUCAAUAAUUUCACCAGCGUAUGCGUACAUGUUCAGACGUAAUGAAAUUGUUUAGAAUUGUUCAGUUGCUCGUUAAUAAGCAUAUACGAUUAAACGUGUGAAUUAUUUCAAUUUAUCCAAGUAUUGUCCGUCUAGUUUCGCAGCAAUUUGAAAGUUGUUUUCGUCCUCGGUGCCUCAUCAUUGGCACCAUUCGCUGACCUGAUAAAAAAUAGAAAUACAAUACUUCAUGCGAGUGCACCGAAGGGUGAUAAUAAUUUUCAACGAUAAGUGAACGUGUGCGAAACAAUCGGAAAUACAAAAAAAAGUUGUCUACUUGCUGGUUACUGUUUUGCGAUAAUUUGAUACGAUAAAUUCGCCAGUCAAUAACUUUGAAACUCUCGAUAUCGUAUACGCCUUGAGAGGUAUCGAGUGCCGAUAAUUUGCAGACAGGUAAUACACCUAUAAUGUAAUCAUGGAUUUUAAUAAAUUAUCUUUCCGCUCAUAUUUUUUAUCCUGGUCAAACUCGUGAAAGAUUAUUUGGGUGAAGGGCAAAUUAGUUGACGAUCGGAUAUCUGCGUAAUACGUACGUACGUAGGGAUAUCAGUCGUACGAAUGAUGCGUCAUUUCCGCUCGUUAAUUGCAGUAACCGACGGGUAAGACAACUGAUCCUCAGUUGUAAUUGUGUAAUUUUUUAAUAACUGAAAAUACACGGAUGAUCAAUUCAGCUGUGGUAGGUACAAUAGAUUUUUGGAGCUGGUCUCCACGAAGGUUAUUAUAUAGUAUAAUUUAAUACAAUUAAUAUAUAAGUGUAUUAUGUAUAAAAAUUGCCCAGCACUUAUUAAUAUUAAUAAGACUAUAUAUUCAAUCAAUAGCGAAUAAACGUAUCUUUGCGGAUGUUCGAAAUAUAUGAAGGAUUUAUGUAUAUAUGAAUAAUAUAUCGAUACAAAUAAAACAAAUUUUCCAUCAUCGACAUUGUGAAGUAGGGGUGAAUUCUUCGAUCCGAAAGGCGGAAAUGAAAAUAUUUCACGUACAUCUAUACAGCUCCGACUUCGUAAUACGAGAAAUUGAAAUUCACCCCCUCGCACCGCCGAUUUGUUUAAAAUUGCGAGUGCCCUUCUCGGCGCGUUAGACUUUAAACUUGCAAUUAGACAUUGAAAUUGGGCCCACUUUUUAUCAAGAAAUGGCAAUCGAAAUGUCAGCUGACAAAAAAUGAAUAAAUAAAAUCAAAUAAUCACUGCCACCUUCAAUUUCGAUGCAAAACUCUUCGCAUAUAUAAAACAGCUGCUGCGUUGUGUCAGAACAAUCGUUUCUUUUCCAUGACUAUACAGGUAUUAUUGUCUAUGCCUGAUCACGAGAGAAAUUUUAUUCCCACAUUGGAGAUUGAAUGUUCCUAUAAUAGUGUUUGUUUCCCAUAUGUGAAGUGAAAGCUUAUCUAACGCCGAACGUCUGAUGCAUGACGAUUGGGCAAAUGGCUUUUUUUAUCUUUUUUGUUCCGUCAAAUUUUCAGAGAGUAUAUUCAAAGAAAAUUGAUGAAAACUUAUUUCUCAGCUGCACCGAAUUUCGGGAUUAUGCAUCUAUGUUAUUUUACUAUUAAAGCCUUUCUACUUUCUAAGAUCAUUUCAUCUAAGAAAUAAUAGAAAAAAAAAAAUCAAAAUGACGCUUCAUUUCUCAGCGACGACCAUCGCUGCACACCCUUUUUAUGUACGAUGAUUAAUUUAAUAAAAUACAUCCAGGUAAUUAAAUUUCCAUACCUGCAAAAUA